AUGUUUUAAUCAUAUUAAUAUAAAUUAGUGAUCUUUUGCAUAACUAAUGAAGAUAUAUCUGAGUUAUAUCUUCAUUUUAAUAGAUUGAAUGGGAUUGCUGCUGUUUAGAUAUUUAGUAGUUUAAUGAAAUCUAAUCUAAAAGUUUUAGAUUUAUCAUAAAAUUCUCUGGGAAUAGGAUAUGAUUGGUCAUAAAGUUUUAAUAAGAUGGUAUCAGCAAAUAAAGAACUGAUUCAUUUUGAUUUAUCUUUCAAUAAAAUAGAUUACUUUAUAACUUGUUAAAUAGCUGAGGGAUUAAAGAAAAACAAAAGUAUAAUUGGAUUUCAUUUCACUGGUAAUAGUGGAUAUGUAGAUACUAAAGGUUUUUUAGUUCCUAUUGAAAAAGGCAUAGUAGAAUAAACAUAACAUUAAAUUGCAUAAAGGAUUUAAGGGUGUUAAUAUAUUAAAUAAAAGAGAUUACGAUCUUAUAGAGAUGCUAAAAUAAGAGAUUGUUGUUGGAUUUGUGAAGGUUGGAGACAAAUAGAAUUUGAAUGGAAUCCAAAAACAUCUGGACCUGCUAAUGAUCCAAUGUUCAUACACUUAUCUUAUUUGAAUUAUGAUGAUUUAUAUUUAGGUAAGGUUGAAUCAGGAUUAAAAGUUUAAAGAAUGGUACCUCCAGGAAUGUGUUAUUACUUUUUUACAAAUGAUAGUAUGUAAUGUGUGGCAAAAGAUUAAAUGCAUAAAAGAUGGCCAUUGCCAUUAAAUAAAGUAAAAGUAUAAGAUAAAGAAAUUGAUGUAAAACUUUAACAAUUAAAUUAAAUGAAUGUUGUAGGAACAUAAAUAAUUGAUAAAUAUUAUAUGCCUAUAAUAAAUGUAUAACCAAGAUAGGAAGAUUUACUUUAUGUACCUGAGAGAAUUGAUAAUCGUAUUUUAUGGACAUUUCCUAUAUCAUUAUUUAGAGAUUGGAAAUAAGAUAAUGAGGAAUUAAUAGAGAAAUGUUUUAUUAAUGAUUGGAAUUAGAGUAGAAUAACAAAAUUAAUUAAAGAUGAAGAUGAUAGAAAUGCUUGUUAUAAUUUUUUAUUAGGAAAUUAUUAAUAAAUAAAAGAUUCAUAUAAGUAAUAUAGAUUUAUAAAAUUUAGGCAUUAUGCAUGUUUAUCACCAAUUGGAGAUAUUUGGGCUAUAUCAUCAUUAAUAAAUCUACAAUUAUUAAGUAUAGUAAGAAUGACAGAAACAAGUGAGAAAGGGAGUAUUAAAUAAUAAGAUAUGGAAUUAAAAUACUUAGCUACAAUAUCAGGAACAGAGAAAGGAAAUUAUAGAAAACCUGAAAGAGGAAUGAUUAGAUUUUAAUUCUUAGAAAUGUUUGUAAGAAUAGCAGAAGAUAAAUAUAUUAAAAAUGGAAUAGCAAAAUCAUUUGAGGAAGCUCUGAAAUGGAUUUGGGAAGAUCAUUUAAAACAAGAAUUUAUAAAAUAUAAUACACAAAUCUUUCGAGAUACUAGAUAUUGGAAUGAAUAAUGUGAUCUUUGUAUGAAACACUAUAAAACAAUUCUAGAUAGUAUUUUUAUUCGAUAUAGUGUUAAAAAGGUAAAACCUGGUCAAAAACCUUUUAUGAGUUUGUAAGAACUUUAAGAAAUGUGUUCUCAUAUUGGUUUAAAUUAAAUUGAAACAUUUGGACCCAAUACACCACUUUUUGCUUUUAAUAAAUCUAUGAUGACAUAAAUUGAUGAAAUUAACUCAGAUAGAAUAUUUUAAAUGACUUUUGUUGAGUUUUUAGAAGCAUUUGCAAGAAUAGCUGAAGAUUUAGAUAAUAGACCUAUUGGAUUACAUUUAAAAAUUGAAUAAUUGAUUUGGAAAUGUUAUGUUUUAUUUGCUGAUCUUUAUGCUUUACCUACUUAGAGUUAUUUUUAAGAUGAAUGGGAUAUAAUUAAUAAUUAAUCCUUGAAGUAAAUUAUAGAUGAUGAUAUAGAUGAUUUUAAUUGA